AUGAGUCUUCCUUUUUGUUGUAUUUGGUGGAUCGAGCGAGGAAUCGGAAGCAGUGCGCUGUCAAAGAUAUCGGCCGCAUAUCAAGCUGCAAACCAAGGAAUUUCGGCCAUCGGAGCUACAUUCGUUUCGGACGUAAUAAAGUCGAAAAGAAGGGAAGAGGUUCAGUGCAAGAAGACUGUAGUCGAGGUGACUAUUCAAGACGUCGAGAAGAUCACCAAAUUAGCUAUGGACGAGAUUACUCCGGCCAGAGAUCGAGAUGCACUAUUGGCAAUCUUUUCUUUUCACGUCAUGCUGAGAGCUUCGGAAGCCGCCGAAAUCAAGUGGGAAGGAGUGACACAAAAAGAUGGGAUGAUUGAGGUGCAUGUGGAGAAGGCCAAGAACGACCAGUUAAGACUAGGACGAUCGUCGUUUUUCAACUACAAACCAGGAAGCGACGCGGAUAUUCUUAUAUGUCGAUGGAGAAUUUACUCAGGAGGAAAGUGCCCGUAUGUUUUCGCGAAUCUUGACGGUUCUGGAAAACUGACGAAAUCGUCGAUCUCUGCACUAGCCACCAAGAUGCUCACGGCAAUCGGGAAAUCUGGAGCCACCCAUCACGCUUUCCGGAGAGGAGGAGCCAAUCACAUGAGAGCAACAGGUGUGCCGAGAGCCCAAGGAUGUCUGCAUCCCCAAGAGAACGGAAUUGGAGUCGAGGAGGACGACGAAGAUUUUGAAUAA